GCUGCCCUGGUGGACUUAUUUUGACAUUAAUUUGAAAAGAAAAUUGCAUCAGAUUAAAUAGUUCACAGCCAAAGCGUGGCAAGGAAAACCUUUCAAAAUGGAGGGUUUGGAGAAGUUGGAUGUAGUGGGGGACAUUAGCCCAGCUUUGGAGGCUACUGAAGACUUCAUUCACUGUGUGGACGGUAUUCAUGCCCAAAAUAUGAGCCAAGAGGUCAACCGAACCAUGUCCCGACCGGCUAAACAGCUCCAAGAAGUGUCCAGCGCUGCAAUGGGAAAGCUAAAAUCUAGUGGAGUUUGGGGAAUUUUGUCUGGGGAGCAAGAAGUUGGACCUUUAGGAUUAGCUUGGGCUGAUAACUUCACUGUUUUAGGAUUAGGAGGUAUGGGGUUAAGACAUGGCAAAAGAAGUAGAGCCAGAUCUACAAAUGAUUUAGCUGCACAUGGCAAAGAAAGUACGAACAAUAGCAUAAACUCUGCAACAAAUUCGGUUUUUAAAAAGGGACAUAAUCGCUCCAGGUCGGAUGUGAACUACAGACCUUCGGCAUUCACAGACAAUGGGCUCCCAGCAGUUGAUGGAAACGCGCUCAAGAAUAUGAUCCUCAAUCAGCAACAAGAAGCAGAGAAGAGCCUGAGCAGUGGCAGUGUGGUGAAGCAGGGCGCGCUGGAGCACAGAGAGAGCACUAGGGGGCGCUGGAUCUCCUGUCACGUUGAGCUAACUCCCUGUGAACUACGCUUCUACACUUUAGACAGCAGUGCCAACCGACAACUGGGCACCGCCUACUCCCUGUCCCACUGCCAAAGCACUGCUACACCUGCACUGGGACAGCCUGCCGACCCACGCACACUCCAAGCCGUAUUCUUCAACAGCACCGUUCUGCAUUUACGCGCUGCUUGCCAGUGGGAAGCUCUAGAGUGGAGGAGGGCCAUUUGGGAGACAGUGCAAGCUGCGAAACCAAGGCAACCGGAAAAAACUAAAGUUGACAAAUUUCCCCCGGUUUCGCCAUCGUCUUCGCCCUCUCCGUGUGGUUUGGAUACAAGGCCCGAUCUGGACAGCGACUCUCACUCCCCGGACGCUUCCCUCUCCUCCCAGUCAUCCUCUUUGGCACUGAACAGGCCGACGACUCUGCCGCUGUUCACGCAGAGGUGCCCUGAUGUGCUGAAGGCAGGGCUGUUGUAUCAGUUGGUGGAUCAGAGUAAUUGGAGGGCGUAUACAUUUGUGUUGACGCGGACAAUGCUCCAGGUGUUUCCUACAGAGGGGAGGGGUCCAGUGUCCAAACCCGUGCAUCAGUACACGCUGGCUGCAUGUACAUCCAUUCAACAUGGUCCAGACUUGUGGACAGAGCGUGCUGACUGCUUCCAGGCUGUCUUCUCUAAAGAGGUGGUUCGUCUCCGAGCAGAUGGUCGGACCAAAGCAGAGGAGUGGGUCAGAGCCCUUCAUGGGGCAGUAGAGGAGCAGCGUCCCACCCAAAGAACAGCAGGAGGAGGGGCAGAGGAAGAGGAGGCUGAGGUGGUAGAGGCAGCUCCGGGCCUGCAGGGGGUGCUGCUGAGGUCCAGGCCCAGCAGAGACAGGAAGCAGAAGGAGGCACAGCGGGCUAAGCGACAGUCAGUCACCACGAGUUUUCUGAGUCUACUCACCUGUCUGUCUGUGGAGAAGGGCCUCACUGCGCAGAGCUUCAAAUGUGCAGGAUGCCAGCGCCCUGUGGGUCUCUCUCGGGGAAAGGCUAAAGUCUGUCUGUACAGCGGCUGGUACUACUGCUCCAGCUGCCACCAGGACCACACCUUCCUCAUCCCAGCAAGACUGCUACACAACUGGGACACCACCCGGCACAAGGUUUCUAAACAAGCGAAGGAGUUCCUGGAGUUUGUAUAUGAGGAGCCCCUUCUGGACGUGCAGAGGUUGAACCCUUGUCUGUACGAGCACUCUGAGGCCCUGAGUUCAGUGCUGAGGCUCCGGCAGCAGCUGCAGUCUCUCAGGGCCUAUUUGUUCAACUGCAGAGCGGCGGUGGCAGAGGACCUCAGGAGGAGGAUCUCUCCCCGUGAAUACCUUCUUCAGCACAUUCACCUGUACUCACUCGCCGAUCUGCAACAGGUGAUAGACGGUAAACUGGCCCCAUUUCUGUCCAAAGUGAUCAAGUUCGCCAGCUCUCAUGUCUUCAGCUGCAGUUUGUGUCGAGAAAAAGGAUUCAUCUGUGAACUGUGUCAGAACGGACAGGUGCUGUACCCUUUCAUGGAGAACGCCACCAAGAGAUGUGACAGCUGUGGCGCGGUGUUUCACACCGAGUGUCGUCUCAAAGCUCAGCCGUGUCCUCGCUGCGUUCGCCGAGAGCUGCACCACAAACGCCCCUCCUCCUUUUGGUCACCUGACGACGACCCGGGCUGCCACCACCUGCCCUUCCAAGACACGUGAAAUAUACCCCCGAAAAAGCCCUAAAAACUAACCCCCAAAUACACAGAAAGGGCCUCAGCCCGCAGUCCUGGAGCAGAGUGGAGCCAUGUCAGCCUUAUUUGGGUUGCCAGGUUUGGAUUUGAGGGUUGCCAGGUUGGACGUUUACCUGGAAAAAACACAA